AUGGAUGACAAUUCAGUUCCAGUUAUUGUAUUUCAUCCUAUUAUUUCUUCAAUACAAAAAAUUGCACUUUAUGAAACAAAAUCUAGAUUUUAUUUAAUGGGAUCGAAUAAUACAUUGACUCGUUUUCGAGUGUUGAAAAUAGAUCGUAUGGAGCCAAAAGAAUUAGUUGUUGUAGAUGAUAAAAGAGAAUACACUCAGGAUGAAAUAAAAGAUCUUGUGAACAUGAUAGACAUGGGCAACCGUACGCGAAUCGGACAGCGAAAUAAUGUUGGUGGAGUUGCAAGAGUUGUUUCGGCUUUUGGUAUUGUUGGCAGCAAUUACAAACAAUCCACAUCUGACAAUGGUAUGUCAGAAGAGUCUGAGCACCAAGAAUUUCAAAAGCCGAUGCACAAACCAACUCAAACUAAAUUCACCUGGAAAACAAUGUGGCAGAGAGACAGUUUUCCACGACUAGUGCCAGCUUUCGGCCUUCUUGGUUUUGUACGUUUUCUGGAAGGAUACUACAUAAUUCUAGUCACAAAACGACGUAGAGUGGCUGUGAUUGGACACCAUACAAUGUAUAAAAUUGAAGACACUUCAAUGAUUUAUAUUCCAAACGACACUGUGCGCGUUUUUCACCCUGAUGAACAAAGAUAUGUCAAAAUGUUUCAAAGUAUUGAUCUUAGCAGUAAUUUUUACUUUAGUUAUUCAUAUGACUUAACGCAUACACUACAGUAUAAUAUGAGCACCCCAAAACACAUUAAGUCAAAUAUGCCAAAUAUUUCUGGUAAGGUCUCAAAUCAAACAGAAAAUGAUAUUGAAGACGCAGGAGACUUUUACAACAUGUGGGCAUUUAGAAAGAACCAUCAAAACAGUAGUGUCACAGAGAAAUAUACUGAUUACGGUAUACGAAAUAAUCCACAUCGCCGAUUUGUAUGGAACUCUCAUCUUUUGAACCCAGUAGAAAAGGAUUUACAUCGCGAUUGGAUUUUAUAUGUCAUACAUGGUUUUAUCGGCCAAUCAAAUGUUAGUAUUUUCGGAAGAUCUAUGUACGUAACUGUUAUAGCUAGAAGAAGUAACAAAUACGCAGGCACUAGGUUUUUAAAACGUGGGGCUAAUUUUGAUGGAGAUGUUGCCAAUGAAGUGGAAACAGAACAAAUUGUGCACGAUUCGGGAGUAAGUUCUUUAAGUAAUGGUCGCUUUAGUUCCUUCGUUCAAAUGCGAGGGUCAGUUCCUGGUCAUUGGAGUCAAGAUGUUAGCAAAAUGGUUCCUAAGCCGACAAUUACUUGUGAUUUGGCUGACCCGUAUGUAGAAACAGCAGGUGCACACUUUAAUCAACUUUUAAAGAGAUAUGGCUCUCCAAUUAUAAUUCUCAAUCUUGUUAAAAAGCGUGAGAAAAAGAAGCAUGAAAGCACACUAAGCGAAGAAUUAUGUAUGGCUGUAAAAUAUUUAAAUCAAUUUUUACCUCCAGAACAUCAUAUUCAAUAUAUAAGUUUUGAUAUGGCACGAAUGAAUAAAAGGAAAAAGGUCAAUGUUAUGGCUCGUUUGGCAAAUAUAGCUUAUAACGCAGUAUUAAAAACGGGUAUUUUUCAAUCGCAAAAUCCAUACUUUAGUCAAGAAAAUCUUUUUUCUGCUCAAUCUAAUAAUAGCAAAAAACUAAACAAAACAAAUUCAAGUACUGUUUUAGCACAUAAUUCCUACAAUGGUCAAUGUACUAUAAGCUCAACAGUUGAUAAUAUUAACAACCCAUCUACAAAUUACAAUGUCGACGUCAAAUUUACGAUAGAAAAUAAAGUAAAACAAUGCUUUAGUCAUAAGGGUACACUACAAACUGGAAUUAUUCGAACAAAUUGUGUGGAUUGUUUAGAUCGUACAAAUACUGCACAAUUUGCAAUAGGAAAGUGUGCUUUAGGAUUUCAGUUAUGUGCUCUAGGUCUAUUGGAGUCUCCUAAAUUGGAAUUCGACUCUGAUUGUGUAAGAAUGUUGGAAGAAUUAUACGAGGAUCAUGGUGAUACAUUAGCAUUGCAAUAUGGUGGUUCUCAAUUAGUACACAGAAUAAAAACAUACAGGAAGACUGCACCAUGGACUAGUCAGGGUAACGAUAUUAUGCAGACCUUGAGUAGGUACUAUAGUAACACGUUUAGCGAUCAAGAAAAACAACACACGAUUAAUUUAUUCUUAGGAUUGUUUAUACCUGAAGAAGGAAAGCCUCCGAUUUGGGAGCUUCUGACGGAUUACUAUCUUCAUCAUAAACCCGCUUGUCAGUACUCUCGUAGAAUAAAACUCUUGACACAGUGGUGGGACACCAGCGUGUUAAAGUGCCUUCCGUAUGCACUGAACGAAGUAACAAAAGCCUGUACAGAAAUAAUACAAGUACAAAAUUCAAUGGAAGAAAUGAUCGAUGUUUACUACGAUUAUCACAGGCCUUAUGAGUUGUCUUUAUUUUCUGAAGUUUAUGCGUAUCAAAUUAGUCAUUCCGUCAGAGAAUUCAUGCCGCAUUUCACAACGAACUUUAGCCCAUUUGCAGUACGCGUGCGACCAGGUAGAAGGAGGGAAGAAACCGGUAAUAAAAAUCUAAAUAUGAAAAAUCCUUCAAUGACUGGACAAAGUAGUACCAGUAGCACUACAUCAAGUGCAAGUUCUACCGAAGACUCAAGUUCGGAUGAAGAAGAAAGCCAUCAACAUACUAAUGAUUGUCAACUAAUAACUUCAAAAGAAAGUUUAGAAUUGACGUCUUUUGAGUCGUUGUUCCCAUCCAUGAAAGAAGUAUAUGGUACUCAACCUGAGUAUCCUAAAAGGAACGAUGUAGUACUGUAUAAAAAGUUUGUAUUAAUUGGACGCAAUGCCACAGAUUCGUCCGAUUGUACGAAACUUCGGUCAAAAUUAAUGCAACAAGCGUCGUUCCCAGAGACCACAACACCUGUGAUCACGCUACCUGUAGUGAAAGAACGUAGCAUCAGUAUAUAUGAACAAUAUGUUAAAAGAGCAAAUGUUGGUGGAUCAAUACCAAGUCCCAAUGAUAUGAGUUUAUAUGAAAGUUAUACAAAGCAGCAGCAGCUACUUAAAAGAUCGAUAUGUACAAAUUAA